GCAAUCCACGAAGAAGAAAAGAACCGGAAGGGGCGGUUUGUGUUUCUACACGAGCACAAUUGAGUGUGGCAAAGAAAGGGAAAAGUUUUUUAAAUUUGGAAAAGUUUGCUGUGUUGCUUAAAGAAUUUUCUAGUUUGCUGAGGGGAAAUGUCCGAGUUAAGUGACGAGGCCAGCGAGUCGGAGCAGCUGGGGGCCAGCCUCUCCCUCUGGCUGGGAGACUCCCUGCUGCGCCCGGAGGAGCUGGACGUCCCGCUGGACCUGCACACCGCCUGCUCCAUCGGCCAGUACGACGUGGUGGCGGAGUGCAUCAAAAAGCGGGAGGUGGACCUGGACAGGAAGAACCUGGGCGGAUGGACGCCGCUCAUGUACGCCGCCUACAUCGGCCAUGACAACAUCGCCAACCUGCUGCUGGAGGCCGGAGUGAACGUGAACGCCGCCACGCCGAAAGGCCUCACGCCUCUGAUGCUAGCAGCUAGCUGCGGGAACGAAAGCAUAGCCUACUUCCUGCUGCAGCAGGGGGCGGAGCUGGAGCUGAGGGACGCCAGAGGCUGGACGGCUCUGUUUCACUGCACCAGCACCGGCCACCAGCAGAUGGUCAAGUUCCUGCUGGACAACAACGCCGACGCCAACGUCAGGGAACCGGGGUCAGAGUUCACUCCUCUGAUGGAGGCCACUGCGUCUGGACACGAAAUCAUCGUUCAAUACCUGCUGGAUCACAAAGUAAAAGUGGGCGAUCGAAACGCCAAAGGAGAGACGGCGCGCGCCCUCGCCAUGAUGUACGGCUACACCAAGAUCGUCGGCCUCAUCGACUCUCGAUCUCCAAGAAUUAAACCAGGCCACUUUGGAGACCUGAGCUCCUCGGAGGACUCGGACGGCUCGCCGCCCAGGACUCGGUCCGGCCGCAGCCGGGUCAAAGGCGUCAGCAUCCACGACGGGCCGCAGGCCAUCGCCAAGUUCAGAGUGGGAGGGAAGAGCAAACCGAGCGAACCGCCCGCUGCGCUGCCCGGCUUCACGCCGUACGGCGAGCAGAGCGAGAGCAUCUGCUACCGGGACGUGACAUCACCGAUCAACGAGCUGGACGGUCAGAGCCACAGCAGCAGAGACGACAGCCCGUUCUUUGAGAGCGACAUGCCCACCAUGAGGAGCAGCAGCAGCAGCAGCGACGGCCUGCCUCACGCGGUUGGACUCAGCUGGGAAGGAUCCGUGGAGAGCAACGAGGACUCGGAUCAGAGCCGGAGGAGCAGCUCCCGCCGGACAAAUAAGAGUCACUCCAAAGGAAAGACGCGGCACGCCAUCAGUGACGCGGCUCUGUCCGGCGGGACGGGAAACGGCAGCAAACACGCACAGGGCGGGCCGCAGCCAUCUUACUCCGGUCCGAAGGAUCUGGCAGAGUUCCUGGAGCAAAUCGGCUUCUCCAAAUAUCUCCCGCUACUGGAAGAACAGGACAUUGACCUGCGGAUAUUUCUCACGCUGACGGAGAACGAUCUGAAGGAAAUCGGGAUUACGCUGUUUGGUCCCAAACGGAAGAUGACGUCGGCCAUCGCGCGGUGGCACAGCAGCGCGCCGCCGCCCAGCGACGCCCUGGAGCAAGCGUACGCCGACCAGCUGGAAGCAGAGAUGCAGGAAAUGGCCAUCCAGCUCCACAAGCGAUGUGAGGAAAUCGAGAGCCUGGAGAGCCAGGUGUCUCAGGAGAAGGAGCUGCGGACGGUGAUGGAGGGCUGCCUGAUGGAGGACAAAAAGGCCUGGAAGAAGGUCCAGUCUGAGCUGGUGGAGAACCACCGGCUGGCUCAGGACAUGAGCGCCACGCUGACCAAGGCCAGGGCCUGCUGGGCCGAGUUGCUGGCCUGCUUCACGCCCGACCGGAGCAGCGGUUCCGACCCGGCAGAGAGGCUGAGAUGUUCCAAUAUGGCGGAGCUCAUGAAGAAGCUGGAGUCCUUUCAGGACAAAAUGGCAGGGACGGUGGAAACCCUGCAGCAGAGCCUGAGGCGGCUGAGCGCCCCGGAGAAGGUCUCAGACAGCUGGGAUCGCCCCUAACCUGCUUCAUAAGGGUUACUGUGAAUAUUUGACGGAGGGUGAGCCAACCACCCAGAACCGCCGCUGGAAGACAGUCACUGCGCCGUAGCGAGUCUAGCAGCACCAGCUGCCUCUGAUUGGCUACCUGCUGCCCGCCUCUGAUUGGCUGAAGGACCUGCGCUUGCCCAGUUGAGGGCGGGAGCAACUCAGCUGCUGCAGGGAAACGACAAGCAGGCAGGAAGAGGUCAUGACCCUCACCGCUUGUACUGGUGUGUUGCGCUCAGCGUGCAAAGGCACAGAGAGGAAGAAAAGGAGGAAGAAAUGAUGGAAAAUUAAAUGUAAUCUGUUUGUUCUAGUUUUAGUGAAAGUCCUGCUGAUUUUGAAUGAAAUUAUUUGUUUUCUUA